AUGAUUAUGGAAUACAUCGGUGACGGUACGGUGUAUCACCUUCACGACAAUCUUGCACCAGAGCACAUGAACCAAGCAACGGAUACAUCUAUCGAGAUGCUGCGAGCGUUUGUAGGAGAGCGACUAAAGCAUCAAGUAGAUCAAUUGGAAGCCAUUCUUCCCGAGUUGGUGGAUAUAAAACUAGUCGAGGAAUUGCCAAAAUCACUAGGCUUCCCUGAUCAUGCUCGAAAAGGCUGA